CUCUAUCACCUGUUUGUCUGCUUUCUUCCUCCUCCUGAUUCUCUCUUCUCCUCCAUAAAAAAAAAAGCCGUUUUCUUUUCACUAUUCCCACAAAAAACUGUUUGACAUUUCGCCUUGAGAGAAAAAAAAAACAUCGAGAAGGAUGAAUUGCCCUCUUGAGGAAUGCUCUGAAUUUGCAGAAGCUGAUCCUACCGGGAGAUAUGGCAGAUAUGAUGAGAUUCUCGGCAAAGGCGCUUCGAAGACGGUGUACAGGGCCUUCGACGAGUAUGAAGGGAUCGAAGUGGCGUGGAACCAGGUGAAGCUGCGUGAUUUCAUGAGGAAUCCCGAGGAUCUGGAGAAAUUCUACAGGGAGAUUCAUCUGCUCAAGACCUUGAAUCACCCAAAUAUCAUGAAGUUCUACACUUCCUGGGUUGAUACUUCCAACUUGUCCAUCAAUUUCGUCACUGAACUCUUCACCUCCGGCACUCUCAGACAGUAUAGGCUGAGACAUAGAAGAGUGAACAUCAGAGCUGUGAAGCAUUGGUGCAGGCAGAUUCUGAGAGGACUUCACUAUCUCCACAGCUGUUCUCCUCCAAUUAUCCACAGAGACCUCAAAUGUGAUAACAUAUUCAUCAAUGGCAACCAAGGUGAAGUCAAGAUCGGAGAUCUCGGCCUCGCAGCCAUUCUCCGGAAAUCCCAUGCCGCCCGUUGCGUCGGAACGCCCGAGUUCAUGGCUCCGGAAGUAUACCAAGAAGAAUACAACGAGCUGGUCGAUAUCUACUCGUUCGGAAUGUGCGUAUUGGAGAUGGUCACGUUCGAUUAUCCUUACAGCGAAUGCUCUCACCCGGCCCAGAUUUACAAGAAAGUCAUCUCUGGGAAAUGGCCUGAAGCCUUUUACCAAGUGAAGGAUCCCGAGAUUCGCCAGUUUGUUGAGAAGUGUUUGGCCACUGUGACUUGCAGGCUUACGGCCUUAGAGCUUUUGCAAGAUCCCUUUCUGCAGAUCGACGAGGAUGGAUUUGAUAUGAGACCAGUUGAUUACUACAACGGUUGCGAUGAAACAGAGGUGUUACCGAGAAAUCUUCUGAAUGGAAAUGGGUAUGAAGGUUACUUGUGUUAUGAUCAUGGGGAUGGUUCUCAUUACCAGGAUCAUUUCGAGCCUCGGGUAAGCGAAAUCGAUCUCUUCUCCAACCAAGGUGAUGAAAAUCUUGAAGACAACGACAUUUCGAUUAAGGGAAAGAAAAGAGACGACGACGGGAUAUUCUUAAGGCUGCGAAUUGCUGAUUCUGAAGGGCGGUUCCGCAACAUUUACUUCCCCUUCGAACCAGCGAUUGAUACAGCAUGGAGCGUUGCGGCAGAAAUGGUGUCAGAACUGGACAUAACCAAUCAAGAUGUCGCGAAAAUCGCGCACAUGAUCGACACAGAGAUCGCUACAUUGGUUCCGGGUUGGAAAACUGACAACGAAUGCCAAGAAAGUUCCCGGCUCGAAAAAUACUGCCAGACUUGUGCCUCGAAUGGAUACAUACAGGAUACCGUAUCAUCGAACAGCCAAACGGCAGAAAAACCUCAUCUCUUCGAGUGUUCCGAAGACGUUAACGGUUCUUCAGUUCAUGGAAGGUUCGAGGAGAUAAUCUACCAAGUUGAAGGGCAAGACCAAGGCGUCGACGAUGGCCAUCCUGUCUUGGAGAUCCCACCGGACAGGAACAGGAUCCAUUACGCAGACAUCUGGGGUCUGAAAGAUGCGCAUUCCGAUCACGCCGACGAAGAACAGAGCUCUCUCCUCGAUCCAAGGAAGUUCAAAACUCGAUCUGAGAAUGAGAUCAGACGAGAACUGAGAUGGCUCAAGACAAGAUACAGACUUCAGGCGAAGGGGGUGAGAGACAAGAAUGCCGAUUUCAAAGAUGUGUUUGGCGGGAGAUCUUCCUCGUCGGUUUGUACGCUGAAUUGGGAUAUCAUCGGACAUGGAGUUUCAGGCGAAGGUUCUUCCGGUGACAGUCUCCGUACGGAGAGCUGGGUCCUGCCGGAAAGUGACGAGAGUUUCCGUACGGGGAGUUUGGCUCUGCCUCCGCUUCAUAGGGCGAUUUCUCUUCCCGUUGACGUCGUAGACAUUUGAAAAUAAAUAUCCGAAUUAAUAUUUCUAAUGGUGAAAUUAAUAUUCUGAUGUACUUGUUAGAAUUAGGUUUUUAUCUUUGUAUUACAUUUUAAAAUAAUAUUACGUGUUUUUCUUUUCAAGCUA